AUCUGAUGUUGCCUCAGAGUUGGUGGACAGUCUGAGGAUCUUCUCUGGAGAACUUCUCCUCCACCAUGACGUCCGGCGCCGACUUUUACUCUCAGCUGAUGGACGAAGACGAAGAAGACGUGAGAAGCAGCACAGACGUGAGGAGCAGCACAGACGUGAGGAGCAGCACAGACGUGAGGAGCAGCAGUGUUCCGACCUUCACCUCUGACGGCCUCUGGCCCCUCAGGGGACGCACACCUGGGUUUUAUCGUCUGGCCACCAUCUGUCUGGGGGCGCUGUGCGUCAUCCUGCUGAUGACCAUCAUUGCUGUGGCUGCACAGAAUAGAAUCAAACCUGAGGGGGGCGCUGCAGUCAGUUUGGAGAGGCAGAAACAGACGCAGGAGGCCAACGUGUCGGUGCUGAUGGACACCAUCCACACUCUGCAGCAGGAGAAGGAGGAGCUGCUGCUCAAGCUCAGCGUCAAGACGCCAACUAGAGCUCCUGAACGGAAGACAGCGCCCCCUGUGGUCUGCCCCACUGAAUGGCACCUUUUCAACAACAGCUGUUACUUGAUCUCAACACUGUCCAAGACCUGGUCCCGGAGUCAGGGGUUCUGUCAGAACCAGGGAGGACACCUGGCCAUCAUCCACACAGCAGAGGAGCAGACGUUCCUCUGGAAUCUUCUGCCCAGAGGUCACUGGAAUUCCUACUGGUUCGGAAUCACUGACGGCGAGACAGAGAAUGAGUGGAAGUGGGUGGACGGACGACCGGUGGUGGGGGGGUUCUGGGAGGUGGGGGAACCCAACAACCACAUCAACGAAGACUGUGGCUACAUCGUCAAAACCGAGGUUCUGACCAGAGUGCCCAUUCGUAGCUGGUACGACGCCCCCUGUCUCAUGCAGCUGCCCUUCAUCUGUGAGAAGGAGCCAAACGCCAGCGCCAGCACCGGAGCCCCUGUGGACGGGUCACUGUGAGGCGUCGGAACCCCAGUGGUUCAUCAUGUUUACCCAAACCUCAGAAAGAAAACCAGUGAUUUUAGCUCUUUAGAAACUCAGGAGUUGUUGAUCCACUGCCGCCUCAUCUCACAGUUCUAACGAAUUACUUGGUGACUCAAAAAAUCUAAAAUCUCUGAUUUUCUCCAUGGUCUUUGGUCUGAACUAAAAUCUCUGAUUUUCUCCAUGAGGUUUGGUGUGGAAGUGUUGGUUGUUAACUAUCUUCUUUCUUACAUAUUUACUGCAUUACUGUGAUUUAGUUAUAAAUCUGACUGUGGUCAUGUGAUCUGCCGUGCUAAUAAUGAAAAAUGUGAUGAAAUUAAAAAAAGCUUCAAAUUUGUC